UCGUUCACAUGGGAAUGUCCCGCUACACGCUGGGUGUUUAAUUGCGACGGUUAAGUCAGCCGAAGCGUCUUUGGCUAAUAACCCGCCCCUAUCUGUGUCAUUAGCGGCGCCUUUAAGAAUGUAGCUGGCCGCUGACAUUGACGAAAUUUCCUGGUGUACUGCUUGAGAGCUCACUAGAAAUCAACAAGCGGGACUAGUGGACAAGCUUUCCACAGAGGGCAAACCUUCAUCUUUGUAGUACCCAACGAAAUCAGUCCAGACUGUGAAAUAAGCAUCGCUUAUGAUUACCAAAUGGUCUGCGCGUUUUGGAGAUUAAUGUUCGCUUUUGGCUGUGAAGAAGACGGAUCUUCGGAGGAUUUUUGUGGAAGCGGUCAGCAGGUGGAAGUAGGAGGCAAAUCGCGUGCACAAAGCAACCUCAGUGUUAAUGAAACUUUGCUACGAUUUACGCGCAGGGAACGCUGUUCAUCAUGUUAAGAUAAAACAGAGGAACCCUGUGUUGAACAUGCUCAAGCGCUUGGACAAAAUCAGGUUCAGAGGUCAGAAGCGAGAUGAGUUCCUGGACCUGGCCGAGUCCCCCAACGCGUCCGACAACGAAUGUAGCGACGACGUCCUGAAGCCUCGCCCGUCGCUCCGGGAUGGGGACGACCCGAGAGACCCGGCUGGUCCAGGCGCUCUCAGCAUGGCUGCAAUCCAGGACUUCCAAAGGAGUGAGACGGACAGGCUGAACGAGGUCAAAGGUCAUCUGGAAAUUGCCUUACUGGAGAAACAUUUCUUGCAGGAAGAGUUGAGAAAACUCAGAGAAGAAACCAAUAUUGAAACCCUGAAACAGGAACUGGAAAGAGAGCGAUCAAAGAGACUGGACCUGGAGCAGAAGAUGAACGAGGUGCUCAAGACCAGACUGGAGGACUCGCCGCCCCAGCCUCCCCCGAGACAACAGUCGCCGACUGUGAACGGCGCGGAGAAGCGGCAGGAGACGCUGCGCUCCCGGAUGCAGAAGUGGCUCUACGACAAGUUCGGCGUCUACAUCGAGGAUUUCCGCUUCCAGCCGGAGGAGAACACGGUGGAGACGGAGGAGCCGCUGAGCGCGAAAAGAUUAACAGAAAACAUGAGACGGCUCAAGCGAGGUGCCAAACCUGUCACGAACUUCUUGAGGAACCUCUCGGCCUUAUCCAACUGGCACUCGGUGUACACGUCAGCGAUCGCCUUCAUAAUCUACAUGAAUGCUGCAUGGCAUGGCUGGGCCUUCCCCCUCUUCCUGUUCUUAGCCAUUCUGAGGUUGUCCUUGAAUUACCUCAUCGCCAGGGGCUGGAGGAUACAGUGGAGUAUUGUGCCUGAAGUUUCUGAACCUGUGGAACCACCAAAGGAAGACCUGACAGUAUCAGAAAAAUUCCAGUUAGUCCUUGAUGUUGCACAGAAAGCACAGAACCUGUUUGGUAAGAUGGCGGAUGUCUUGGAGAAAAUAAAAAACCUCUUCAUGUGGGUGCAGCCUGAGAUCACUCAGAAGCUGUACAUCGCUCUGUGGGUGGCCUUCAUCUCCUCCUGCGUCCUGCCCUACAAACUCGUGGGCUUCCUGAUCGGGCUGUACGCCGGGAUCAAGUUCUUCAUCAUCGACUUCCUGUUCAAGAGCUGCCCGAAGCUCCGGGACAAGUACGACACGCCCUACACCGUGUGGACCAGCCUGCCCACGGACCCGCAGCUGAAGGAGCGCUCCAACGCCACUGUGUCCAGACGGCUGUCUGGCUAUGAGAAGAUACAGCCUGUGGUGUCUCGCGGUAGCCUAGCAACCAACGUCCCGUGCGGCCUCAGCCGCGAGGAGGAGAGCGGCAGGUCUCACAGCACCAAGAAGGGCGCCUUCCACGAAGUCUUUAACCUGUCUGAGAACGAGCGCCCCCUACCAGUGUGUGAGAAUGGAUGGAGAUGCUGCUUGAUUAACAGAGACCGGAAGAUGCCCACCGACUACAUCCGCAACGGCGUACUCUACGUCACUGAGAAUUACCUGUGUUUCGAGAGCUCCAGCUCCAGGUCCAGUUCCUCCAAGAAGAACAAAGUCAUCAAACUGGUUGACAUCACUGACAUUCAGAAGUACAAAGUCCUGUCCGUGUUACCAGGGUCUGGGAUGGGAAUCUCCAUAGCAACACCGUCCACACAGAAGCCCUUAGUGUUCGGCGCCAUGAUCCAUCGAGAUGAAGCAUUCGAAGCCAUCUUCACACAGUACAUGAAAAUAAUGACCACCAGCAACCCCGAGACCUAGCAGCAGGGGGCGCUCUCCCCCUGACCCCCCCCCUCCCCCCGUUUUUGCCCCCGCCCUGUCUGGUGUUGCGACGGGGGAUACAGAUAUCCCAACACCCUGAUGUGUGUGUGUGAGGGCGGGGGUGGCUACAUUCCUCUCUCCCCCACUGUAGCUGGAGCGGGAUGUGUAGGACAUGCUUCCCUUUGCUGUGUGUGUGUGUGUGUGUGUGUGUGUGUGCAUGUGUAUGCGUGCGUGCGUGUGUGUACACGUGUAUGUGUCGUGUCUGUGUAUUUGUCUGUGUGUAUGUGUGUCUGUAUGUGUGCGUGUGUGCACGUGUGCGUGUGUCUGUGUGUAUGCAUGGGUGAGCCAUUAAUUUCAAUGUUGACAUUUCAUUGUGGGGGAAGGGGGGCUGGGUCUCCUUACCUGCUGGAUAGUCCCCUUGUUCACUUCACUGAGAGGUGCAGACUACUGUACAGACCGGGCCUCAUCCUGGCCUGCUGAAGGAACUCUCUCUCUCUCCUGUUUUUAAUUCAAUGUCGUUAUCACUGAAGGCCUUGCAUUGGGGGGGUGAGUGUUGCACUAUGGUGUUUUAGAAGAGUCUGUGAGCUGCUCAACCUAUGGCAGCAAAACAAACUGAAGCCUUUUUAAAAUUCCUUCAUUUUUCCUGUUUACAUAAUCACCUUGUGUUGAACUGACUGCACACUUUGUUCAGAAACUCUACACUUUAGGUGUUCUUUUGUAAGUCAAUAUUAACGGCGGCAUCUGUGCAUUUAUUUUAGGGUUCCCAAAUGCCACUAGACUGUAAAAUAUUUAAACAGCAGUUUUUUUUUUUUUUUAUUAUGGGGAAAAAAUAUGACAACACCGUUAGGUGCUUUUCUCCAAGAUAAGUUGAAUGAAAUAAAUACCGGGUAUAAGAACUGACAUUUAAAUGGAAAACAAAAGCUUGUUUUUACCAGAACGCAAACAAGUAAUAUUUAAAACCGAUUUACAGUCUGUAUAGAACCACAGCUCCCAAAAUUGGUCUUAUCAGUAUUUCAAAAAGCUUUAGCAACGAGUGGAAAUGGCAGUCUGCAGUACUUAAACCUGCACACUAACUUUUUCAGUAGUAUUGACCCUUUUGCCAGUGGAAAAUUCCACUCCCGCCUCCCAUUGGAGGAAAACUAGUGGAGAACCGUGGGUGGCCUUCAAUUGGUUACCAGGCAACCAAGCAUUUGAAAAUGUAAUCUGAGAUAGAUGAGUACUGUUUGGCUGUAAUGGACAGGGUUACAAGUUUGCAUAAAGUUUGGCUUUUAAUGACCAAAUGGAAUGCUUGAAGUCACCCGCCCAGUCACCCUGCGUGGUUGGGUGACCAAAACAGGUAACAGCAUAGUAUAACUAUUAUGUACUAUACCACCUUCAGUAAACCACUUUUUAUUAUCUUUUCUUCUGUCUACAACUGAAUUCAGUGACUCCGUUGUCUGUACCGUCGGUAAUGCAGAAUUGAUGACUUCAGUUGCCCCUUUUAUUAUGGUUACCACCAUUCUGAGUAAAAGCUGGACUUUUUAAUUUCAGGAAGGUUUCAUGUUUAAAGAUGCAAUGCCAAACCAUGUUCUUACUCCCUGUGUCUGACGACUUAGCUACUGGGCAGGUAAUGUUUUAAAUCAUCUCCCGUGUUGCCAUGGUCACCGGGUAGAUUGGGUAAUACUGGGUGUCUGUGGGUUGGCGUUGUGCGAUUGGCUGCUGUGGUGUCACAUGGGGAAGUCGUUCUCGCUGUGUCAGCUUCAAGGUGCCCCACUCUGUUUUGAAUGUACUGCUGGCUGAUGUAGGGAACUGUAGUUCCUGUUGCACGGGAACUCAGGGCCCGAAGGAGAAGAGCCCGGGUGCUGUGAUUGUCAGCAUUCUGAGGUGUGAUCGUCCAAUGACUGUCUGCGGUUUGGCACCCAAGAGAUGUGUGCGCCUCUUCAGACUGCAGGGUUCAUGUAUCCGGGCUCUUUCCUGUCAGCUCACUGAAGCUGUCUGGUUUUUUCUUUUUGUUUUUUGGUAGAAGUAGGUAAGACAUUUAAUUUGAUUAUGGAAAUGUACGUAAAGCAGAGACAUACUGUGGAACUAGUAAAACAGGACUCGGCUAGAAACCUGAAGCCUUUUUAGUUGGUUCCACUAACUGAAACUGUGUCCGGGGUCUUGAGGUACCCUAUAGAAGUUGAUAUGAAUGAAGCACAGAAUGUAUUGCGGAAGUUAUAGUCUUGCCAAACAUUUGGUCCUUAUUUUGCAGCUGUACUGUUUCCAUGGCUGUAAUGUUUACAGUAGUUUGGGUAAACUCCAUGGAUGGGGGAGGCCAGUUGGACCCCCAGCAGGAUGGGGGAGGGGGAUAUGAAGACUGGACCAUUGUUUUUUCCUUUUGAAAAAUGUCUGCGUGAAGUAUGAUUUGAGUGGUCACAUGACAAUCUCCACACACCUCUUUCUGACAGCAAAUAACAGCGCUAAGUCUCUGACCUGGUCUUAUCUCAUACUUUCUUUAUAUUAAUUUUGUAUUUCUCUUUCUAUUAAUUAUGCUUAAAUUGUGCAUGAAGUCAUAUUUUUUUUCUCCUACCUGGCUGUGAUUGGCUAAUAUGUUUGGCUGGAGCUUGAAUUUUUUUUCUAUGAGAUCUCUGCUAAAAAAGUCUUCCAAAAAUUAUCCCUGGGUUAGUCUUUGGUUGGGCGUGCCAAGCAUUUAGUCAGGUUGGCAUGUCAAACCAAAUGCCAACAGCAGGUGUCGAUAGACUUUCCUCCAGAGCACUUGUAAUGGCUUCCACAAACCUCUGGUGUUGCCGUGUUACUGCUGUCAUUUGGGCUCAUGUUCUUGUUCAGGUCCAGCCCAAGAUAUGCGCACAGCACACCUCUCUGCCCUCCGCCUGUCAGCUACCUUAACUGGACGAUGGAAAACCUGACUGACAUAGUGAUUGGAAGUAUAAGGCAUCUAGACCAAUGAAAAUAGCCCUGAGCCAUUUCCCAGAAUUCUCCUGUUCGCUUUUGAGUCCAAAUACAAUUUAACACAACAGAGGCUGUUUUCUGUUCUUUUUGUUUUUCAGGCUGGUCUAACACACACACUCACACACACACUCAAACAGGGCUGUUGAUGAAAGAGCAAAGAUUGUCAUGGCCAUUCAAAGACGUUCACUGAGUAUGGCUGUAUAUUUGUGUGGUCCUUGGUGUUAACAAAAGUAUUAAUUCUGACUGUGUGUAAAUGUUUGCUAACUAUUUUCAUAAUAUUCCCCAUUAGUGUGUCACCACAGAUCACUGGUCAUCUGAAAGCAGCGUGAAAACUUGUUUGUAACGCGUGUCGCUGGUGUCCUAUGGCAGACGAUUAAAAAAAAAAGAAUUUAUAUAUGUAAAAAGAAAGAGAAAUCCCUGUAAAGUUUUUAAGAGAAUGAAGUCUAUUGUAAAAAAAACAAAAAACAAUGAAAAACAAAAUGUGAUGUAAAUUUUUUUAAUUUAAGUAAAUGAAUUUAAAGUAA